AUGGAAACCAAUGUGGCCGUACAGCAUGCUCCAGAGAAGUGGGCCGCUGGCGAGGCGCUCUACGAACAGCCGGAGAAGGUCACAUAUAUUUACGGGUGUCAGAAGAAAGUGAGAGAAAGCCGGGGUGUAGCCAGGGUGUUGGUAAAACCGUCCAAGUCGUAUGACAACCAGCUGGAGUCGGCUGUUGGAAGAGAUGUAGAUAGUGUUGGAUCGAAGGUGAAGAGCCACAGAGUCCGAGAUGAUUUGAGCCCCAGUGUCAAGAAAAGACCUGCCCAGAUUUGCCAGGGUGCUGAGGACAUUGUGCGGGUAUCUGGGCAUACUGUACUAGAGAGACAGACAGCCAGACCAGGAAACCCUGACAGUAGAUGUGAUGACACUGUCGCCUACAGCAGAAGAUAUCAUAAAACCAAACCCAAGUCUUCAGAGCUAUCUCACCAAUCAAAGCAUACUUAUGGUCUGGAUUUUGAGCAGUUAGAUUCUCGGUUUGAAGAUUUUCCUGGAGAGGUGAUUUCCAACCCGUUUAGUAGCAAAAAGCGAUCUAUUCCAGUGGAAUUUCAUUUAACAGAAGAUCAGCGUCCCACAACAGGACCAACAGUGCACUUAAAACGGCCUAUAAAUCUCUCGUCACCAUGUUCACUGACUUCAUCCUUCUCCAGAGAAAAGCCGUCAUCAUCAUUAGUCAUUUUGGAGAUUAAGGAUGGACCAACAUUUUUCUAUAAACCUUCCGACCACAUGCUAUCAGAUGUGGAAGUGGGCGAUGAGAUGGCCAGAUCUUCUCAUGGAUAUUUCUCCAGUGGUCAAGCUGCUGCAGGAUAUGCUUCCCCACACACCUCAGGCUCCUUCUUAAAGGACCUAUCAAAAACAUCCUCCACCAGUGCCUACAAAGGGAGUUUGUCCUUCAGUAACAUGGAAAAGUCUCCCUACAGUCCGCUUAGAAAAGACUCCUUAACUGGUUCGCGCAAUAUGAGUCCGGUUUCUAUUGGUGCUGCAGGUGCUUCACUAGAAGAAACAGCUCUAUUCCGAAGUAAUGUUUCAUACUUACCAAAGACCGCAGGUCUGAGAAAACCAGAUUUGUCAGUCUUAAGUACUGCACACAAAAGUAGGGCACUAUCUCAUGUUGAUAAUGACUCGUCCUUGUGUGAUGUGCAUAAAUGUAAAAGGCAGAGGACUUCCCUGAUAAAAGAGCCAGUCCCACCAGUUGCAUCAAUACCUAUUUCAACUACUUACACCGUGCUACCUUCUACUGAGAAUUUACAUGAAAUCGCACAUGAACCUUCAACCUUUUCUAAACAACAGACUUCCCAUAACAUAAACUCAAAUGAUUCAAAGCAAACUGCUGCUGAUUUAGUAAUUGAUGUAGCCUCACCCAACCCAAGUCAGAAUUCGGCUGAUUCUCUGUCGGCAACUAAAGCUACAUCAGAUGUUUCCUGUGGUUUCCACAACAUCUCUGAGAUCCUUCAGCAGAAAGCUGGGAUCAAACAUGACGAUAUCAUAGUAGGUCCCAGACCACCCACAAGUGGAGUCUAUCAGGAUGACUUGAAGGAAGCACCAGCCACUAGUUUUCCUUCAGAAAAUUUUGACUUUCACUUUCUUAGUCCGGAACAAGUGACUAAGAGGCAGAAAGAUCAAGCAGGUUUAUCAUUAAGUACAGAUGUUUUAUCUGCUGGCCAUCCAAGGAUUUUACUAAAAGCUGAGGUUAACAGACGCAAGCAUACGCAGAGCGAAUCAGAAGUUCCUCAUGUUGAAAUGUCAACUGGCAACUCUCAAUCAAAGUAUAGUGACCUGAGGAACAACUUGAACCAAAGAGGUAACAGAGACAACUGUACAUCUGCACAUGGUCGGUCGCAUAACGUGAUUGUUGAUGAACUAGCAGCAGAACCAGUCAUGAGUCUAUCGCCUGUAGCUGUCAACGCUUAUGGUGCCACAGAAAACUGGAGGCAACAUGAAAACAAGCCUGAAGUCCAGAGAUCUCAGCCUGAAGUUAGGAGAUUUUCACCUGAAGUUCAAAGAUUUUCACCUGAAGUCCAGAGUUUUCAGUCUGGAAAAGUUAAGUCUGGUCACACCAUUGAACUCAGAAGCAAAGUAUCAAACCUUGCUCUUUUAUCAGAAACUACUGCUCCUUACAGCACUAAGUCGCUGGAUCGUAACUUGAAACAUUUGCUGGAAACAAAACAUGCAUCGAGAUCUGAAAACACUAGCCCUGCUAAACAGCAACACUUUCAUAGUCGCAAGUCUAAAUCAUCGUUGCCAACACCCAUUAAAAAACAUACUGUGGGCUCGAAACUCCACAUGCUUUCCAACAUCCCAGUUCCUAUCUGUCAUGAUCCCCCUGUCAGAAUACAUAGCUGGCAACAAUCACCAUCAACACCGGAACAUGGAAAUGUUACUGCUUCUGAAAAGGAUUCUAAAUCUUCUGUUGGUAAUCUUUUCCCCAAACUGGAACCAGAAGACACAAUUACAACACCUUUAGCUUCCCAGGUCAGUUCUGCCUUUUCAAAUCCUUUAUCUCCAGUAGAACCAGCAGAAGGCAGUAAAAAAGAUAGAGAAUCUACUUUGCGGAGUAAUGAGCUCCUGAAGACACCAAACAUUGCACCGUUUUCAUGCCUGAUGACCAUGGUUGGAGAUGGCAGUGUGAAGCAGCAAUCAAGUAACACACUUGACAGUGAGGACACAACCACUCCUAAAGCAGCAAUUAUUUCAGAUGCUAGUACCUCAUCUACAAUGGAUUGCAUUGUCCAACAGGCAGCUCAGUCCUUGUCAAAAACACCCACUCAAGCGCUGACUCACCUACCCACCCACGCACUGACUCAUAUACCCAUUCAGGCAGCUGUCAAACCCCGGUUGCACAGAUCGGCGGAGCAUCUUUUAGUUGACACACAAUUGACUGUCUUCAACUCGGUAGAACAUGUCCUACAUUUCGAACACUCAGAAUCUUCCAGUAACCGCACCUUUCAAGAUUCUCCUAGACUGGAAACAGCAGAAAGUGACAGCAUUAGCCCUUUGAAGAAAAAUCAGAGCCUGGCGAAAACUGGGAUUAUGAGGCGCGGAUCAGACCGUGCGGAAAUGUACAGAAGAGGAUCGGAAAGAGCGAUCCUUCCGAUCAAUCAAAAUGAUCCUAGUGUGGAAGACCUAAUGAAGGCAACUAGUCUGAAAGAAUUAUGCCAAUCCAUGGCCUCCCUCUUGAAUAUUGACAAUGUCAAGGCUGCAGAAAUGAUCACAACCGGUCUCAGCCAGCGGCAAGAUCUGGUGGAGGGCCUGGACGCUGACGCCAUUUUGGAUUAUCUUUCGCAUCACGGCGUCCUUGACCCUGUCAUUUUAGUUGGUCUAGAUGACAAAGCUUCCAUCACCCAGCGGAACUCUGCCAUUCUGAGACAUGUUGAGGAACAUGGAAACACAGCGGUGGCGCUAUUUAUCAAUGCCCUGCGUCAAUCAGGACAGCUCCACUUGGCAAGCUCUUUAGACACGGAACAAAGAAUCCAACCAGUAUCUGGCAGUGGGUAUUUCGGAAAGGACAGACAUAAAGGAGAGCUGACCAUUAAAAUAGAGAUUGAGUCUCUGAAAAUUAUUGCCCCAAGAGAACCUCGCUCCGAGAAGAUUGUAGACACAUCUCUCCUAGGGACGCCAGGCCGACAGAAAACAGAUGACUCAGGUGUAGUCGUAAAGGAUGCCUCAGAUGAGGAAGAUUUUGUUAAGCCCAGAUCAUGCUGGUGUUUUUGCUUUUCCUAUAAAAGCAAAAUCAAGUCUAUAUCCAAGAAGGAUACAGAGAAAGAGAGGAAACAUGAAAUGCACAAGCCAAGCCAUCAGAAACAAUCCUCAUCUCCUGAAAAGUUUUCAAAGCCUGCAGAAGAACAAAGCAAGGAUACGAAAACUAAACCACACAGAACAAAAUCACAAGAGAAAAACAAGAAGCUGAAAGAAAACUCAACCAAAGUUUCUGUAACUGAAAGUUCAAAGAAAGAUAUUGGUAAGAGUAAAGACAAACAUCACAUCAAGAAGCCAAAGGUAUCCAAGUCUAAAUGGAAAGUGUCUGGGAAACAUCCAGUAACAAGCAGUGUGGACGCAUCACAACCUUCUGUUCAUCAGGCUCAACGAGUGAGUGACAUCUCUGGAGAUUAUGGUGCUCCUAAAAUGACUUUGGGCUUAACUGCUUAUACUCUUCAGUCAUCAGACACUUCACAGCCCCAGCCUUAUGUUGGAUUUGGUGGCCCGUUUUCUGUUCAGGGUCCACAGCGGGAUAAAGAAUCCUGGGACCCAAUUAUCAUGGAAUAUGACCCAAAACUGGAACUCAUCAAACUCCGGGCUGGCCAGGAGGAGUUGGCUUCACCAACAAGACAAUCUGGCAAUAUCGGUAUCAUGUGUGAGCAGUGGAAGUCAAACGGGAGGCAUUUCCAGCAGAAGGCUUCAUUGUUGUGUGAAAGAAUUGUCCAGGUAGUUCAAAAUGAGAUCAUCAGAUACUUUGAGCAAGAUCGUGGGACCCUUGUAUUAGAUGUUGUGUCUGGUAUGUCUUCCAUUCUCGUCAUCAACAUAUGCAUGAAGCGGGCACAAGUCAAGCGUCUUCAGCAAGAAAUCGCUGACAAAAGCUUGCUUACAAAGAUGGAGGACAUGUUUUUUUCAAGAGUCAACAUCUCUGAUUUCGACAUUCGGGGAGUCAGUCUGCGAAUAGUUCUGGAUGAACAAGAAGUUAACACAGUUCUCUCAGAACUUUCAUGA